AUGGCGCCCAGUCAAAGAGGCUGGCAGAUGAUCGAGAUCGUCUCGGUCUUGGUCAGUCUCAGCUUGAUAUCAGUCGUGCUGCGAAUGUUUGCACGUCUCCGGAGAAGAGUUAGUUUCGGCAUCGAUGAUUAUCUCAGUGUCAUGUCUAUGGUUCUGAUGAUUGCCAUGUUAAUCGAGUUGAUUCUUUCCCAAGGGUGCGCAAUCGGAGGCAACGGAGCCCACGUUGCAGACUUAAAUCCUAAAACCUUCACGAACUACUGGAAGAUCUUCCUCGCCAACCAGUUCACUUACUUCCUCCUCUGCCCAUGCAUCAAAAUCUCCAUUAUCUGCUUCUAUCGCCGCGUCUUCGCUACCCCCCGCUUCCAGCAAUUCACCUUCGGUCUCAACAUCCUAAUAGCUGCUUGGGGGACAGGAAUCUUCCUCGCAUGCGCAGGCCAAUGCCGACCACUCCGCGCCUACUGGGACCACAGCAUCGCAGGACAUUGUUUCAACGCGCAAGAAUUUAUCAUCGUCAACCAAGGCUUCAAUGUCUUCAUCGACUUCGUCAUCCUGGCCCUCCCCAUUCCAAUGAUAUGGAACCUUCACCGCGCCUGGCAAGACAAGCUCGCACUAAACGGCGUCUUCGCGCUCGGCGCCUUCGUCUGCUUCGCCAGCAUCUACCGCAUCGUCGUCCUGUUCUGGAUCAGUCCCACAGACCCCACAUACACCGUUUACCAAGCGACGCUGUGGACGCAUAUCGAGCCUGCUGUUGGGCUGAUUUGCUCCAACCUGCCCAUUAUCCGCGGUCUAUUCCCUGCGUUGAAGUUGAAGAGUUCCCGCAAUGGAACAGGCCCCCAGUAUAUCAAUACCGAUUAUACGAACUCGAUGUUCUUGUCCAAGUCUAGCCCCCGAUCGCCGGAUCUGGAGUACAUGAAGAUGCAGUCGGCACUUUAUAAUGCUCAGAUUGAGAGCAAGUCGCCCGGUUUCUUAGGUGAUGAUUUGAAUCCCUUGAAUAUCAAUGUUCAGACGGAUAUCUCUAUCCAACCGAAUGAUUCCACAACUACGCUGCAUCACUCGAGCGAUGCG